GAAGAGAGAGCCCCAGACCUCAGGCUGAGGGGUAGAGAGCGUCCUAGACCUCAGGCAGUGGGGAGAGAGCCCCAGGCCUCAGACUGAGGGGAAGAGAGCGUCCUAGACCUCAGGCUGUGGAAGAGAGAGUCCCAGACCUCAGGCUGGGGGGGAAAGAGCCCCUAAUUUGAUCCCCAAGGACCAGAGGACACAGCCACACUUCAGGCUAGGGGUGGCGGGACUCAGACUUAAGAGGAGGCAGGGCAGAUGGAGGCUGGGGCUUCAGGAAAGCAUUCUGUGGCUCAAACUCUCUGGGAGAGUAAGACAAGCGGACACCAGACUUUACCAGGGAAGGGACAGAGACUAGAGGCCAGCCCAGGGACACCCCUUCCCCACCCCAGGCUGCCCAGACGGGAGCACCGGGCAGCAGGUGGCUCCGUGGCGCCUUGCCCCUGGGGUGGGCCUUGCCUUCCUGCUGGGUUACGCCCCAGCUCUCCUCCCUCCCUGGGCCUUUGACCCCUCCCAGCUCCUCCCCUGCCCUCCACCGACACCUUUGGCCUGUGGCGUCAUUGUCAUCACCGGGUCUGUCCCUGUGGCGACCUGGCUGGAGGCUGGGGUUGGUCGGGCUGCCAUGUUCUCCCUGCCGUCCCUCCUCUCCUGGCUCCCCAGCCUCCCCUCCUUGGAGUGGGGCUCCAGCCUCCUGGACAGCCUCCUGCAAGGCCUCGUGGGGGCCUUGGGCGUCUCGGUUCUGAACAGCCUCCUGAAAGUCUACUUUUUCGUGGGCUGUGCCAAUGACCCUGAGCAGCGGCCCCAAAAGGAGCGGCUGCGGGCCCAGCAGGCCUGGCUGGAGACCCUGCACCUGGCAGGGUUGGCCCUGCUGCUGACCGUGGUGGGGGCCCGGGUGGCCGCCCUGGUGGUUCUGGAAUUCUCCCUCCGGGCCGUGUCCACACUGCUGUCUCUGGGCAAGGGGCCCCGGAGCCCGGAGCGGCUGCAGCUGUACCUGCUGAGCCAGUUCUCGCUGGGCUGCGGGCUGGGCUGCGGCCUGCGCUUCCUGCAGGAGGGCGCCCCGCACAGCACCCUCAACCUGCUGCUGAGCCUCGGGCUGGCCGCACUGCUGCGCUCGGGCGCCCGGCGCCUGCAGCGCCACGUCUGCCUCCUCUACGAGCUGCACAGCGGCCAGCGUUACUGCGGCGUCUGCCUGGGCCUGCUGGCCGGGGCUCACGGCCUUCCCCGGCUGCUGGGCCGGGCCCUGGCCGUGGCCUUUGCCGUGGGCAACCUGGCCGCUGUGGCCCUCAUCAACCAGGACUUCCUGAGCACCUCGGAGGCCGUGCGCUUCUGGACCCCGCUCACCAUCUGCUACACGCUGCUGGUCAUCCACAUGCAGGAGGAACAGCGGCAGCAGCGCCUCAGCCCGCAGGGCCAGGUGCGGACGGUGCUGGUGCGCAUGGGCAGCCUCUUCGUGCUGCUGCUGACCGUGGGCCGCUGGCUGGACCUACUGGGCGUCCUGGUCUCCCUGCUGGGCGAGCUCUGGUGCCUGGUGGGCGCCCGCACCCUGCUUGACCUUUGCCAGAUCCAGGGCCUUCCGACCCAGAGGCCCUCAGAGCCAGCUCCAAGCCAGUCCCUGCCCUCCACACCCGCCGGGUCCCAGAAGACGGCCCCCUCCUGACCGGCCCAGGGAGGAGCUGGCGUCCGGCUCAGGCCCACGUGCUGACCCGCAAGGCCCUGAUCUUGGGACACUGCCUGGAGACAGAGCCACGGGGCUGGCCCCCACCUGGGCCUUGUCCCCCCCACACACACUGCAAGAGGAAGGGGAGGGUUGGGGGAUGGGGACCCUGGAGUCCCUGAGUUAACCCUUCUUCUCAGGGGGCAGUGUUUACAGCCCCUCAGACCUGAUUUCUUGGGCAGGGUUGGGAGGAUGGCGGCCAGUUGCAGCCUCGGAUUGGCUUCCCCCUUUACCAGCAGCCCUCCAUGAAAAAUAA